CCGGUACUGACACUCUUCUGUUCCUAUUACGAUCCAUAUCGGUCCUCCGCCGAUUCGAUGCGGUACUUCGUCGCCGGAGAUGGGUCUGGUGGACACUCUCUUGGGCGUCGUCGGCUUCGGGCUCGGCAUUGCCAUCGGCCUCGUGGUCGGCUACUUUUUCUACGUGUACUUCCAGCCCAGCGACGUUAAGGAUCCAAUUGUAAGACCAUUGCAUGAAUUGGAUUCCAACGCCUUGCAAAAACUUCUACCGGAGAUUCCAUUUUGGUUGAAAAAUCCUGACUAUGAUCGAGUUGAUUGGCUGAACAAAUUUAUUCUCAACAUGUGGCCUUACUUAGAUAAGGCAAUAUGCAACAGAAUACAGAGUGAAACAAAGCCAAUAUUUGAUCAGUAUAUUGGAAAGUACUGGAUAAAAUCAAUCGAGUUUCAUAAUCUAACUCUUGGUUCUCUUCCACCAACAAUUCACGGAGUUAAGGUUUAUGAAACUCAAGAGAAAGAAUUAGUCUUUGAGCCUGCAGUUCGAUGGGCUGGCAAUACAAACAUAGUUUUAGUACUAAAGUUGUCUUCCAUCAAAGUGACAGUGCAGCUAUUGGAUUUACAAAUAUCUUUGGUACCACGUGUCACUUUGAAGCCACUAGUUCCAAGUUUUCCAUGCUUUGCCAACCUGACUGUCUCAUUGAUGGAAAAGCCAUAUGUUGACUUUGGGCUCAAAAUUUUGGGUGGAGAUUUGAUGGCGUUGCCUGGCUUGUAUCGGUUUGUUCAGGAUACAAUUGCAACAGAAGUUUCGAAUCUAUACCAUUGGCCAAAGCUUAUAGAAGUGCCUAUUUUAGAUAGUUCUAGUUGUGCAACAAAGAAGCCCGUGGGAAUAUUGCAUGUCAACGUUGUUCGGGCAUCUAAUCUUCUCAAGAUGGAUUUGCUCGGUAAAUCAGAUCCAUAUGUUAAACUCAGCUUAAGCGGGGAGAGACUGCCAUCAAAAAAGACCUCAAUAAAGAUGCGUAAUCUAAAUCCUGAAUGGAAUGAGCAGUUCAAGCUUACCGUGAAAGACCCAGAAACUCAAGUUCUUCAGCUGCAUGUCUAUGACUGGGAAAAGGUGAAAAUGCACGACAAGUUGGGCAUGCAGGUGAUUCCUUUGAGUUUGCUUACUCCUCAUGAAACAAAAGAGUUCACUCUUGAUCUUCUCAAGAACCUAAACCCCAAUGACCCACAAAAUACAAGAAACAGAGGAAAGAUCAUAGUGCAAUUGACAUUUGACCCUUUUAAAGAGGAUAAUGGCAGUUUCAAUAUGGGUUUAGAUGAGAAGCUUAGUGGCAGUGAUAGAGCUACCCAAGAUACAUCAUAUAAUGGUGGGCUGUUGUUGGUGACGGUAGAAGCUGCAGAAGAUGUGGAAGGAAAACGUCAUACUAAUCCUUAUGCCAUGAUCCUUUUCAGAGGUGAAAAGAAGAAAACUAAGGUCAUCAAGAAAAGCAGGGAUCCAAGAUGGAAGGAAGACUUCCAAUUUAUGUUAGAAGAUGCCCCAAUUGACGAGAAAAUUCAUGUGGAAGUACUGAGCAAGGGGAGACUUUUUAGCUUUCACCCCAAGGAGUCCCUGGGUUAUGUUGAUAUCAAUCUUUCAGAUGUUGUAAACAAUGGACGCAUAAACGAAAGAUAUCAUUUGAUAAAUUCACACAAUGGAGUUAUUCAUCUUGAGAUCAAAUGGAACACUACCUGAUGGUGCAUGCUCUGCUGCUGUGUAUAUCCCAGAGUUAUGCUAUACUAGUGUAUGUAAUUUCAAUUUUCCAGUGUCUUAUAAAAUUGCAUCGUUGAUUUGUUUUGUUAAUAUAUAUGACUUUCAUCUUUUGAUACCAUGUAAGCCUUAAAUGACAAUGAUCAUGCUACAGCAUGUUCUUUCCGGUGUCAUAUGGCAUUGGCCUUAACAGAGCAAAUGCAACAUAAAUGGAGUGGAGGCUUAUUGUUGCUG